AUGUUUCUUUUAACUGGAGGAGUAAGUCUUAAGAGUGCUGAGAAGAAUCCUGAUCCAACUUGGCUGCAGGAUAAAAGCUGGGAGGAAAUUUGUCGUGCAAGUGAAUUUCCUGCCUUCAGGGGGUUCAGGACGCAUUUUUGUGAAUACAUAUCUGAAUGGCAGGAAAUCUAUAACAGUAAAGAGCCACACAAUGCUAAAUUUCCAGCACCAAUGGAUACAAAUCUAAAUGAGCUACAGAAAAUAAUAAUUCUUCGGUGCUUAAGACCUGAUAAGAUUACACCAGCCAUAACAAAUUAUGUAACUGACAAAUUAGGGAAAAAGUUUGUAGAGCCUCCACCAUUUGAUUUGGCAAAGAGUUACCUGGAUUCAAAUUGCACCAUUCCCUUAAUUUUCGUGCUAUCUCCCGGAGCAGAUCCUAUGGCCAGUCUGCUGAAAUUUGCAAAUGAUAAAUCUAUGUCUGGAAAUAAGUUUCAAGCUAUUUCACUGGGGCAGGGACAAGGACCAGUUGCAACAAAAAUGAUUAAAGCAGCAGCAGAAGAAGGAACUUGGGUUUGUCUACAGAAUUGUCACCUUGCAGUCUCCUGGAUGCCCAUGUUAGAAAAAAUAUGUGAAGAUUUUAAUUCUGAAACCUGUGACCCUUCCUUUAGGCUUUGGCUCACAAGCUAUCCAUCUCCAAAAUUCCCAGUAACGAUUCUACAGAAUGGAGUAAAAAUGACCAAUGAACCUCCCACGGGUCUUCGGCUAAAUCUCCUUCAAUCAUAUCUCACUGAUCCAAUUUCUGAUACUGAGUUUUUCAAGGGAUGUCAAGGAAAGGAACUGUUAUUUAUAAAUGAGUACGAUACAAUUCCAUUUGAAGCUAUAUCUUACCUGACUGGGGAGUGUAAUUAUGGAGGAAGAGUGACAGAUGAUUGGGACAGACGUCUCCUAUUGACUAUGCUGGCUGACUUUUAUAAUGCACACAUAAUUGAAAACCCUCAUUAUAAGUUUUCUCCCAGUGGAAACUAUUUUGCACCUCCCAAAGGCACUUAUGAGGACUACAUUGAAUUCAUUAAGAAACUUCCAUUUACUCAAGAUCCUGAGAUAUUUGGAUUGCAUGAUAAUGUGGACAUCUCCAAAGAUCUUCAACAAACAAAAGUCCUUUUUGAGUCAUUGCUGCUUACCCAGGGAGGCCCCAAACAGACAGGAGCGUCAGGAAGUACUGACCAGAUUUUAUUAGAAAUUACCAAAGAUAUUCUCAACAAGCUCCCUUAUGAUUUUGACAUUGAAAUAGCACUGCUGAUGUAUCCUGUGAGAUAUGAAGAGAGCAUGAAUACUGUAUUAGUACAAGAAAUGGAAAGAUUUAACAACUUAAUUAGAACUAUACGCAACACUCUACAGGACCUUGAAAAAGCUAUUAAAGGAGUGGUUGUAAUGGAUUCUACUUUGGAGGCUCUCUCUGGCAGCUUGUUUGUUGGAAAGGUUCCAGAAAUAUGGGCCCAACGAUCAUACCCAAGUCUUAAGCCCCUAGGAAGUUAUAUCACAGAUUUUCUAGCCCGGUUAGGCUUUUUACAGGCCUGGUAUAAUUAUGGAAAACCUUGUGUGUUUUGGCUGUCGGGUUUCUUUUUCACCCAAGCCUUUUUAACUGGAGCUAUGCAGAAUUAUGCCAGAAAAUAUACCACCCCUAUUGAUUUACUAGGAUAUGAAUUUGAGGUUAUUCCUUCUGAUACAUCCGACACAUCACCAGAAGAUGGCGUUUACAUCCAUGGAUUAUAUCUUGAUGGAGCACGCUGGGACAGAGAAAG